GAUGUUCGAAACGUUAGGCAGUUCUCUACCACCCCGUUUGUUUUGAUCAGUUUGUACGUCUCCUUCUAACAAAAAUGUGAAUUUCACACAAAAAACCCAGCACGCCUACCCCAGAAUGCAACCGGACGAUCUCUCGAUGCCCAGAGGUGACAAUAGAAUAAAACAAAAGCUAAGCCUACACGUGAAAAAGCGCCUACAAGAGACUGGAAAAGCCUCGCAAAUCCCGUCGGACCUGAUAUGCCCACCGGUUGCAUCAACCCGUGGAGCACCCACGGGAUCAAAGACAAAAAAGCUAAAGAUAAAACACUCGCCAUCUACCUCGUCCACCGUAGUUUCCAUUGCGGGCGCUCAGUUUGGUAGCGGCAGCAACAGCAAACCAACAGCACCGAUAGAACUGAUACUUUCCCCCGGGACGACAACCGGUGGUAACAGCAACGAUGCCACCAACAGUAGCUUCAAUUCUGUCGAUUUGGACCCGGACGCGAAUGGUUCCAACGAUGGACAGGAGCGAACCGAGAAGAAUGGCGGAAGAUCGGUGCCCAAACCGGACAUUUUUACGUUGAUACUGAACGAGAAAAAGAAUUCGUUGAUGCGAGAUCCCGAGGUAAUUAAGCUGUUGAGCGAAAUGAUGGCCAAACGAAAUAAACAUUAGAAUAAAUGUAUAAUGAAAUUAAGUCACGCUAAAAUAUAUUGCAAGUAAAAAUGGCAUAAAUAAACAUUUUAUAAUUUUUUU